AUUCUUUGGGGCACAUUUUGGGUACCGUGCGGGGCACCGUAACUGUCUUGGACCAGCCCCACGGUGAGAAGAGCCAUGCGGCAGCGGAAUCCUCCAUGAGGCCGCCGAGAGGGGCUCACAUGGAUGACCCUGAUGGAUCUACGCCAAGACCUGGCGCAGCACGAUCGGGAGCAUCGACCACGAGGCGACUACGAAUCUGCUCCAAAGUAACCAGUCGCCACACCCCAUGCAUGGUAAUUUCGAGCGGCGUGGGUGCUCAAUAGGCACAGCAGUGGCACACCUACGCGACCGAUGGGAGCAAGUCAUGUCGGAACGGGGGGGCUACGCAUCACACCAACCAUGUACAUGACUAUCAUCCAUGUGUCCGGCAGCGCCGUGCGGAGAUCGCAUCACCAGUUGCAGGAUGCUCCCGCGAGGAAGGAUCUGGAGUUUGUCGGUCACCAGAUCGUUGUUGUGAUGUUAUAUGUUUUGUACACCAGCAAACACAACACAUCGUUCGAGGCACAACCAUCGGACCGAUCGGGCGAGUGCACGCCGAGCACGUGAAGUCAGACGUUUCCGUGCACAUGGUGGUGUCACACCACGGCUGCGGGCAGAUCGGUGCACCUGUGCUCCAUGCGUCCGUGUUCGCCAUUGUGCGGGGAGGCGCGUCAGCUCAUACCAGAUGCCUCCUCUUCCUGCAGUUAGGUGAGUCCCUUCUGGUCUCUCCGAGUUUCUCCCGUUCCCUGUCCACGCGCUGCUUUCGCAAGACCAGCCGCCGACCAUCUGAUUACGCCGAUCCUGGCCAGGCUGACCUGGUCCCAAGAGCGGCGUGUUGGUCGGGAGGGCGCGUCCAAUGACCAAGCGCUUCGCAUGGACCGGGCCAGGACUGGUGCAGGUCGACAGCCAGCGUCUUCUAGCCAAGCAGCGGGGUGCGCAAGAUGUGGCCCGCCGGGGCAAGGUUCGGAUGCACAUGCGGCCGCCUGUGCUCUGUCCCGCGCCUGGCCCUGCGUAAGCAGGCACACCGUCGCCCCGCACGCGUGCCCGUCGGGUGGCCUCCGCAUAGUCUGCGUGGCCGUCUCAGCAGGCCUCGUCUGGAUUAUGGUUUUUACCAUGGUCCAUGUCCGUUUCGGUUACUGGCUGCACAAAAAAAGGUCCCUUCUGAAAAGCGCACGCAGACUCAUAGACCAACCUCGCUUGCGUGCCGCACCACUCCGGCACGGGAUGCACCGUUCACCCGAUGUGAGGUGAAGCAGGCGGCCAAAGAGCGAGACCAACUAGAUCUUCCGCGCCCAGCUCCCCGCUUCCGUUUCCAGUUGUUUGCAGAAGAACAGAUGUAUUCACAUGAUGUGUUGGAGGUCCGUGCGGACUUGUUGGAUCCCGCGGCAGGCCUCGGUGCAGUCUCCCGAUGCCGCUCCCCCUGUGCGCCACGAGCCUCUCCCCUGCGGAGCCGACGUGUCGAUCGACGCGGCUCGCGAGUCUCCCGAUGUUGGGUCCCUUGUGCGCCAUGGACUUCUCCCCUGCGGAGCCGACGCGUCGUUCGACGCGGCCUGCGAACGAGUCGUUUUCCGGAGGUUCCCCGUGCCGUUUCUGCCGCCGCCCCCGCUUCCCCUCGCCGCGGAGAGCACGGUCAUGCCAGUCCGCCUUCGCUCCCGCCGCGCCGAGUUCCGCCGCAGGGGCGCACGUCGGCCUCGACAUCGCCGUCUCCAAGAUUGAGGCCUCGGGGCGCGGCGUCUUCAGCCGCGGCGCCCUGCACCAGGGCGCGCUCGUGGAGGUGUGCCCUGUCCUAACGCUGCAGAAGGACGAUGUGGCUCUGGGCAGCGAGGCGCUGAAUUACUUCUUCCAGGGCCCCGAUGGCGACGUCCUUCUCUGCGUGCUUGGCUUCGGCAUGAUGUACAACCAUGCCAGCGGGCACCUCGCGAACUUGAGCUACUCCAUCAGACGGGUUGCGCCGUUGCCCGGCGAGGAGAGCGGCGCAGGCCUCUGCGUGGCGCUCACCGCGGCGAGGCCAGUCGCCGCAGGAGCGGCUCGUGGGGAGGCGGGGCGCCUCGCCUCCGGCGCGCCUCCGCCAUCGGCGGGAGAAGCCGGCGGAGGCGUCACGGGCGACGGCCGCCAGGCCGAGCGGAAGCUCGGCAGUUGGGCCAACUUCGUCGACAAGACCAGCUGCGUCAAAUGCCACCUCCCAAAGGCCGUCACCUUCUGCGGGAAGGUGGACUCCGAGGCAACGCCAAGUGGCAAUGUCAACUCCGCCACGGACCUCAAGAAGAAGUUGGGCCAGGUCGACGAACAGAUCAGGACGGCCGCGGCGGCGGCAGCAGAGCUGGGGGAGAAGGUCGGCAAGCUCGAGACGGACAUGGUCCAGUUCGUCAAGUUCCAAAAGCAGCAACGCGUGGGAGAAGCCACCGCAGCUGCGGAGGCGGGCAAGCGAGCUGCUGCCCAGGCUGCCCUGAUUCCUGCCGACGCCGCCAAACGCGCCCAAUCCCGAGCUGAUGAGCGCUUCUACGUCAAAAUGGAAGACAUGGGUUCGCUGCGAGAGCACGCGCAGCGCAUGGGCUUCCCCGUGGAUGCCCGGGGCGAUAGGGGCGGCGCCCAGGAGGCUGCCAAACAUUGCGCGGCAGUUAUCGGCUACAUGCGCACCCGCAAGAUACGGAACCGUGGCCCGCAGCAGAUCGUCGCCGUCCAGGAACGCCACGUGGUGGAGGGCAGGCUUGGCGAGGCUCAGGCCGCGGCGCUCGACCUCGGCCGUCGCGGGGUCUGGAGCGCGGCAGCGCCUUUGGGAGUGGACAAGGGCCCGCGAGGUGGAGUGGCCGCCCUGGCCUUUGGGCGCGCGCCAUCGACGGCGCCCCCUGGCUCGACUGGUCCUGCGCUGGAGCCCGGCCGAGCGGUCGCAUGCCAUGUCCACGCCACGGUGCACGGUGGGCUUGUCGUGGUCGCCAUAUACCCUCGCGCGGGAGUGGGCCUCUCAGCAGAGAACCUCGGCACGCUGUGCAAGGUAGUCAAGUUCACCGAAGCCAUCACCUCAUGGGUCUGGAUUGGUCAUGGGCGACUUCCAGAUGGCCCCCGGCGCCCUGGCGACCGGCGGGCAACCGCGUCUGGUUGCAGAUCAUGCCCGUAUUCAACCGCCACGCAGAAGACCGUCAAGGCAGAGUACCAGACUGGCGCGCAGGUGAGCGCGCUGGUGGGGCCCGAGCCGCUAGCGUGGACGCCGCCGCCAGAGCAGUUCGCCGUCGCGCGGGACUUGGCACUCUGGCGCGCUGGCGACGAGCUGAUGGGCAGGUGCGACGUCGUCGACGAGAAGGAGCAGCGGAGUGGGGUGAACGUGUUCCAGCGCGGCGACCCGCCGGCCCUGGUGAAGCGCGUCGCGGCGGAGGGCCAGAGGAACCUUACAACGGACGGUGCGGACGAGCCGAUUUUCGGACCGCCGCCGCCGCUGGUCCAAGAAAACGGCCUCCUGGACGCCAUGCGCGCCGUGGCCCUCCUGCGGUGGCACAUCCCGCCCCGGGCCAGCGCAGAGGCCCUCGGUGGGGCCCGGCCCGUGAACCUGCUCGGACAUAUGACCAUGAAAGAGGUGAACACCUACUUGCCCUUUCUGCUCCGCUGCGGCGCGUUUAGCAGCACGCAGCAGGAAUAUCAGUGGCCGCUGCAGCAAGACGCGAAGGACGAUGCCGUCCGGGAGCCAGAGCCGCCCGAGCCGGGCGCGCCCAAGGACGGCCCGUCGUGCCGCAGAUUGGCGCGGGCCAGCACGCAGGACGGCCUGCCCGGCACGCUGCCGCGCGGGCGCCAGCCGACGCCGCAUAGGAUCCUGGUGUUCUGCGCAGGGCCGUCCAACGAGCGGGCCCGGCCACUCAUCCAGGGCCUUCAGGACGCCGGCGUGACGGUGGAGGUGCGCAGCGACGAGGACGUGGCGAGGAUGAGCCAGGCGCGCCGCUCUCCUCUGGUGAGGGGCCCUCGGGCUGCCCACGGUCAGCUCCCCCGAGGCACCGUCGAGGCGUUGAAACCCUCGCGUGGCGAAGAGCUCGCGACGGGAGAUGUCUGACCACCUGUUCGCCUUGGGGGGGCCCUUUGCCUCUCCCCAGAGCCGAACGAAGUCAUCGAGGACGAAGGGUUGGCAACUCCAGGA